AUGGAUGAGCAGCUAUCAACAAGGAGUGCUUGGCCAGACCCGCCCAACUAUUACAAAAGAUACACGAACGAGAUUUUAGAAUUACUCAAGCAAUCGCAAAAAUGUGGCGUCUUUCCUGAACAGCCCAUCAAUAAACCACCAGUGCCUGAAUUUCAGUUAGAAGCACUUGAACCUCCAUUGCCACCUACGGAUGAAUACACUGUGUUUGACCAAAAGUGGCAGAUAAACGACCGCCUUCCUACACUGCAAGAGUUGGGUGUCAAGCAGAUUUAUCCUCAAGAUGAUGCGAUAGAUCGUGUGCAAGAACUCAAAAAGUUGAAUCGAUCUCUCAUUGUGCAGUAUUUGGAUUUGCUGGAAGUGCUAGAGAAGAACCCAUCAGAAUACGGCAAACACAUUGAGAACAUCAGCACAAUAUUGCUCAACAUGCACCACAUACUGAACGCAUAUCGACCUCACCAAGCGAGAGAAACGUUGCGUUUGCUCAUGGAGCACCAAUUGGCAAAGAAGCGUCAACAAACAGCCGAAUUGAGAGCGAAAUCAAAGGAAGCGCUUGAUUUUUUGCACGGCCUUUAA